GUAUUAGUCCCCUCCGCCUUGUCCACCAGACGAAACAAACUUCCUCCGCUCCUCUGCCCGGUUUUAAAAAAAAGUUUGGAUGGGCCGGGCCCAUUUGGUAAAUGGAUAUGGAAUGUGGCUUUUAAUGACAUUUUGGUAAGCCCGAAACUACAAGAAAAACACUCUGGAAUUAGGUUUGUGAUAUAUAUGUGAAGGCGGAAGCCCUAGCCAUUUCAGUCGCUUGCCGCCGAGGACGAGGAGAGAGGCGCUCUCUAGCUCAGUCUGUGUUGGGGUGUUCCAGUUGAGUCUCGGAAAUGAAGCACAACAACGUUAUCCCCAAUGGGCACUUUAAGAAGCAUUGGCAGAAUUAUGUCAAAACAUGGUUCAACCAGCCUGCCCGGAAAACCAGAAGAAGGAUCGCGAGACAGAAGAAGGCUGUGAAGAUAUUCCCCCGACCCACUGCUGGACCUCUGCGUCCUGUUGUGCAUGGGCAAACCCUGAAGUACAACAUGAAAGUUAGAGCUGGCAGAGGAUUUACCCUUGAAGAACUCAAGGCUGCGGGUAUCCCAAAGAAGUUGGCCCCAACUAUCGGUAUAGCGGUCGAUCACCGACGCAAGAACCGUUCCUUGGAGGGACUUCAGACCAAUGUCCAGAGGCUGAAGAUGUACAAGGCCAAGUUGGUCAUCUUCCCCCGCCGUGCCCGUAAAGUCAAGGCUGGUGAUUCUGCUCCGGAGGAGCUUGCAAAUGCAACCCAAGUGCAAGGAGAACACAUGCCGAUUGUGAGGGAGAAGCCGGCGUCGGAGCUUGUGAAGGUCACAGAGGCCAUGAAAUCGUUCAAGGCUUAUGACAAGAUCCGUCUAGAGCGUACAAAUCAACGCCAUGUCGGUGCCAGGGCAAAGAGAGCUGCCGAGGCCGAGAAAGAAGAGAAGAAGUGAGAUUCUUUUUUUUUAGGUUUAAAAAAACUUAUCUUUUUUUUUUGUAUCGGACUUUGUUGCCUCCCUGUUGGUUGGUUUGGAUUUUGCUGCUACUGGAUUUGGGGAAAAUGAUUAUUAAAAAAACUUGCUGCGACUCUCCGGCGAUUCAUGGCU